AUGGCGACCCAGGCAAUGGAGAAGACCCUGUAUCAUGCGCAGGUAUCACUCAUCAACGCAUAUGCCCUGCUAGCAAUCGAAGCCUACAACUUUAUCCUCCAAACACCCGCAGAUAUCGAGAUUUGGAAACUUCAGAUUGCCAUUUGGAAAGGCCAAAGACCAGGUCCGAAGCUGAAUCUGUCUUGGAUGUUCUACCAGGCCGUGCGAUGGUCCAUCUUGCUCAAUGUCCCGGCCGCCCUGCUCGUCAGUGGCCGACCGGCUAGCUGCUCUGCUACGCUCAAAGCGGACUGGGCAAUCUUGACACUCGCAGAGACCGCAUCCGCCCUCCUCUUUGCCUUUCGAACCAUGGCCAUCUGGCGCGGAGCUCUUUGGGUCAAGAUCUGUAUGGGCUUUGGUGUCUGCUGCGUUCUCGGCGUAUGGGUCUCCAUCAUCCCAUUCUUGGGCGCGACAAAUCUUCCAGCUGCACCUUCGUACGGAGCGGGCUGGUGUGCUGGUCUAGUUGCGCCAUCCUGGAUCUCCGCUGCCUACUUUACAAGCGCCGCUUUCGACCUGGCGGUCGUCACGCUCACAUUCUACACGUACUCGAGGAGCCGAAUGGAUCUGCUGGCUGGUCGACGUCGUAGCAGCACCACUGGCACUGCUCCAGCAACCAGCACACCUCUUCUACUCUUUUACAGAGAUGCAGGCGGCUUCUUUGCGCUGAGCUUUGCCGCGCACCUCAUCAACGGUAUCUGGCAAUUGACGCUUCAAGAUCCAGUGCUCAUCACGCUCUUCCAGCCAUACGCCACUGCGGUCGUCUUGGGAGCAGCUCCUCAAGUGUACAUCAAUCUACGUCUGCACGGCACUACAAGACAGGCGCCCGCUCCCUCCAGCUCCUACAAAGAAGGCGCCAGUGGCACCGGUACAGGGGGACCGAGCAGCGGCGGAGCAGGAAACAGCGCUGCAGCUGUCAGGAGGCAGCGCCACCAGAAUGCUCUGCGAGCGGAUCCCUUUGACCCGAACGGUGAUCCCAACGAAAUGUACCACAAUGCGGAUGGUACCGGCAUGCUGCCGCUCUCUGCCGGAGGCGCGCAGUCGACCAGCUUCCAAAAGCGGGGAGGGGCCAAUGUCGGUCUGGCCUCUCCUACCGGCUGGCAACGCACUCCCGAGUCGAUGACGAGCCCCAUGUUCGCAGCAGCAGCAACGCCUUACCAGAUCCAAAGUGGCGAUUACAAGUCUCCCAGACUUGACGACGAGCGAGAGUCGUUAUCGAGCGCGAUCAACUUUGCCGGCUUCAACAGCAGCGUGGGCACUGCUCCGCUGCAUCCCGAGCCGCCUUCGCCCACUUCCGUCCCAGCGGAGAGCAACGGCAUUCCCUUGAGGCUCAAGGGCUCCCUCGACGCCCACGAUGCUCGAAUGGACCCGCUUUCGCAAAGAGCCGUGUUCGACCAGAGGUCUCAACAUGCGCCCAUGGGCUCUUCCACACCUCUACACGCCGAUUUCGAGAUUGUCAAUGAGCGUCAGCCUCAGGUGCCUCGGAGUAGCGACUUGGGAAUCGGCAUUACGACGCAUAUUCAACAAUUUCGGGAUUGA